CUGACAGGCAGGCGCGGUUCGCGCGGAGCCGAGCGAGCGCACGGAGCCGAGCGCCCCGAGGCGAGCGCGCCGGGCAAGCCGAGGCCUGCCCUUUCCGUGGCGGUGGCGGCGGCGAACGGGGGCCGCCACAGUCCCCGCCGGGUCCCGGGGCCCCGCGGCCCAUGCUGGGGGCGGAGCCAGGCCGGAGGGCGGCGGCGCGGCCGGCCCCCGCGCGGUGAUUGGCGGGCGGGCGGCCGGCGGCCGCUGAGGUCCUGGCGGCGGCGCGGGCCGCGCAGGCGGAGUCGGCGGCCGGCGAGCAGAGAGGAUGCUGCUGUCCCUGGUGCUCCACACGUACUCUAUGCGCUACCUGCUCCCGGGCGUCGUGUUGCUGGGCUCGGCGCCCACCUACCUGCUGGCCUGGGCGCUGUGGCGGGUGCUGUCGGCGCUGCUGCCCGCCCGCCUGUACCAGCGCGUGGACGACCGGCUCUACUGCGUCUACCAGAACAUGGUGCUCUUCUUCUUCGAGAACUACACCGGGGUCCAGAUAUUGUUAUAUGGAGACUUGCCAAAACAUAAAGAAAAUGUAAUAUAUUUAGCAAAUCAUCAAAGCACAGUUGACUGGAUUAUUGCAGACAUGCUGGCUGCCCGACAGAAUGCCCUUGGACAUGUGCGCUAUGUGCUGAAAGACAGGUUAAAAUGGAUUCCAUUGUAUGGGUUUUACUUUGCUCAGCAUGGAGGAAUUUAUGUAAAACGAAGUGCCAAAUUUAAUGAGAAAGAAAUGAGAAACAUGCUUCAGAGCUACGUGAAUGCAGGAACACCAAUGUAUCUUGUGAUUUUUCCAGAGGGAACGAGAUAUAAUAGAACACAGACAAAAGUCCUUUCAGCCAGUCAGGCAUUUGCUGCUCAACGGGGCCUUCCAGUAUUAAAACACGUGCUGACACCAAGGAUUAAGGCAACUCAUGUUGCUUUUGAUUCUAUGAAGAGUCAUUUAGAUGCAAUUUAUGAUGUCACAGUGGUUUACGAAGGGAAUGAGAAAGGGUCAGGAAAAUACUCAAAUACACCGUCCAUGACUGAGUUUCUCUGCAAACAGUGUCCCAAACUUCAUAUUCACUUUGAUCGCAUAGACAAAAAUGAAGUUCCAGAGGAACAAGAACACAUGAAAAAAUGGCUUCAUGAGCGUUUUGAGAUAAAAGAUAAGUUGCUCAUAGAAUUCUAUGAUUCACCAGAUCCAGAAAGAAGAAAUAAAUUUCCUGGGAAAAGUGUUCACUCCAGAAUAAGUGUCAAGAAGACUUUACCAUCAGUGUUGAUGCUGGGUAGUCUGACUGCUGCCAUGCUCAUGACAGAGUCUGGACGGAAACUGUAUGUGGGCACCUGGUUGUAUGGGACCCUCCUUGGCUGCCUGUGGUUUGUUAUUAAGACAUAAGCAGUUGCGGGCUCCAGUCAUUGUCUCUUACUGAUGGCUGCACAUUACGUCACAUUGUUUCCUGAAUUAAAGAAGAAGUUUUUUUAAAGCCUUGGUGAUUGAACUCUGGAUAAAAUAGAAUUAGUGACCACACCCAACAGGCAGUUGAUUUGGGGCAAACACACAUGGCUUUUUAGGUGCUGGGGUUGCUGGAAAAAUGAAAGCUAAGUGGAGUUUUUGCUGUUUUUGUGUUCUUCAUGAACUUAUGUCCACUUGCAAAGACUAUUUGGAUUGUAUAAUUUGAUGUUGUUUAUAAUUCAGAUGGCUGUAUUUUAACAUUACUUUUUAGCAUAUUUUACUAUAUUGGUUAUCUCCCAUCUUGAUUACUUGGCAGCUCAAACUCUUAUCACUAAAGUAUUUUAUAUUUUGAAGCUAUGUGAUACUGGGUUUUUGUUAAAUUCUGCAAGUCAUGGAAAGAUACUGUAAUUAUGUGUUAAUGUUCAAAGAAAGAGGUGAGAAGUAUUCAUGGCAAAAAACUGUCUAGCAUAUAUUUUUAUUAUAUUGUUCUAUUUAGCUAGUUUUCUUUAUAUUUACAAAAUAACAAACAUUUCUAAUAUUUAUUAAAAUUACUUAAUUUGCAUACCCCCUAUUCUACAGAGAAUAAUGUGUAAAGUGUCAGAGUAGAGUUGAAGCUCUGUUGUGACUGUCUCAUUUGGUGGAGCUUUAAAUAGCCCAGCAUUUGAGCUACUGAGUUAGCGCCUCCCAGUGUCUGUGCUGUGAGUGCUUAUAAACAUAAGGGCCCUGUUAUUUUCAUAACAGCACGGACAACCACAGUGAUGGAAGUCUGCCAGCAUCCUGAUUGUCUGUCCUAGCACGUGCCUUCUGCCUGUCUCCCUUUGCUUUCGCACUGCAUUUGGUCUGGAGCGUGUGCGUUCAUGGUCGCUUGCUGCUUCUCCCAGCCCUUGCUUUCUGGCUUGGUGUCCUCCAGUGGUGCUGUUCAUUGUUGGGGUACAGGCAGUGCUGCCUGACUCAGAGAGGCAUUUCCCUGACUAUGGGUAAGCCUCCUUGGCUACUGAAGAAGCGUUUUGCAUUUGUUCAUGUCGGGUAACAUCAGAAUUGGGUAAAUUUUAUUUCUCUUUAGUUUUCAUGGGGCUACACUGUUGAUACAUAUCACCUGGGAACAAGAGCUGCCUUCCAGGACCAACUCACACUCUUCUCAGUAUGCAACAGUGUAUCCUAUGGAAGGAGACUUUCUAAAGUUUGAUUUGCUGUAUUCUUAGUUGUACUAGUCCUUUAAUUCUGCAUACAGAUUUUUGUCACAAAUUAUACCAAUGAUUGAGUUGAAAUAGACCAUUUGAAUCACAAUAAAUAAAUUUUUUUAA